AUGUUUCCGUCGAGCUCUUCGUGGGAUAACUACGACACUAACAGUCAGGAGUCGCAGCACCAGACGCAGGGCACCGGCACCACCACCGCCGCCACCACUCUCCACAACAGUACUACAGUCAACAGCAACGCCUACGCGACGCUGUCGACGCCGCCCGCCGGCGGCGCCCAUCAGACGUCACCCCUCUGUGCCUCGCAGUCGCCAUCCGUGGCUAAUCUGGUCAGGAGUCCAUCCAAUCCGUCGCCGCAGUCGGUGCCGGCGCAGCACAACUACGCCCAGAAUACCUGUGCGUUCGAUACGGACUUUUCGCCGUCGAGUGUGGGCUCAGCGACGGGAGGCGGCGGCCAGUCGUCGGCCACUCAGAAGCUCAGGAAUCUGUUAACUCAGGGCUCGUUCAUGUCGGACGAGGCGGACAGUUCACCCAUCAUUAAGAAGGAGCCGGGCCUUCAAAACGACAUCUUAAGGGAGCUGUUGGAGGAGGACGACGGUCCCGACCCCAUGCCCUCGUCGGUGGGCCCCUCGGCGGACACACCGCAAGCGCCGCCAUCGGUGCCGCCGCCCAGCACUCCCUACAGCGAGAGCUCGUGUCCCGGAAGUGUUGGCAGUGAUAAAAAGGUGGCCAAUAAUAACAAUAUGUUGCGGAUGUUGUUGAACGACGACGAGAUCGGCUCCAAGAGGCCCGACAUCCGCAAGAAUCACGAGUUAGUGGAACAGUAUUUGCUCAAAGAUAACGGCGACCACAACAGGGACUCGCUCUCCGGUCUGAUCGCACACCUCAAGAAGGAGCCCAUCGACUCGCAACCCUGUUCGGCGUCGUCCUCAUCCCUUCCCACGAGUCUCAACGAAAUGAUGGCCACAUCCCUGGCCAACAAACGUAAAUCCAUAGACGAGACGUCCACUCACUACGAGCCGCACACGCCCGACAUGAAACGGCCGGCCUCGGUGGCGGGUGCCGUGCCCAUGGGCGCCCAGGCCGGUGUUGGCGCCCAGCACGUGGGCCAUAGUCACCAGCCGGCCCUCCUGGCCGGUCAGAACCCGAUGCUGGCGUCGAUGUUGGCCCGCACGCCCACCUCCGUGCCCGAGGAGAUCACAAUUCCCACGUCAAUGAUCUCGCAGACCCCGCAGGACAAGUUGCCCCGCAAUCUGGAGAAGAAGCUGAUCCCCACACCCCUGCAGCCACACCCGGCCCUCCAACAAGUCCUCCCACAAUCUGGUCAAGUGUCACAAUCGGGCGGACAAGUGAUCUUCACGUCUGUGCCGCAGUCGCCGCAGACCUCGCAGCCAAUGAUGGUUCCCAUUGUGACGAAUGUCUCGCAACUCAGACCUCAACAACAGAUGCAUUCGUUCCAACCCAGUGCUCAACGUUUACAAAUCCAACCACAAGUACAACAAACCAUUCGUUUACAAGAUUUACAACAUUUACAACAAAUCGGACCGCAAUCUCAGCCCCCGGUCGGCCACCAACUGGUCCAUCAGCAGCAGCAACAGAACAGUUCCAACUUCUUGAACACAAUCCUAUCCAACAGCGGCCAAAACCAGCACCCGAUCCGCACCCUAAUGCAGGUGCAACAACAACAGGCACCGGUAGUACAGCAACAACAGCAGCCGCCACAACACCCGCAGACGCAGGCGGUGACGGCGCCGCACACACCACUCCAGGUGCAGCCCUUUUACCAGCAGCCGGUGCCCCAACAGCAGCAGCAAAACAGUCAGCCCAUGCAGACACAGGCGAUGGUACAGACGGGUGCGGCGCCUCCGCAGCUGUCGUUCGAGGAGUCGGCGUCCGACCCCUACCUGUCCUCCAUUCUGGACGACUUCAUU